CCUUCUUCUUCCCUCGAAACCUCACCCAAAAUUUUCUCAAAGAGAUUUUUUCUUUAUUUUUAUUUUAUUUUUAUUUUCAUCUCUCUCUCUCUCUCUCUCUCUCUUCUCUCUCGGUUUCAAUUCUCAGCAAAACAGAGAGAAUAGAUUCUCUCAAUGAUUCACUUUAAAUCCCUCAAUUCCGAUAUUUCUUCUUCUUAAUUCCCAUUUCAUUAUCUCCCGCAUGGCUUCCGGUGGAAGCGGCGGCGGCCGCGUCGGCGAAGGAGCAGCGUCGUCGAGUCGUACUACUAACAACCGGAGAGGAGAACAAGCUCAAUCUUCGGGAACAAAAUCUCUCAGACCACAAGAAUCAGUGAGCAAAGCGAUUCAACAGUACACCGUCGACGCCAGACUCCACGCCGUUUUCGAACAGUCCGGCGAAUCAGGCAAAUCGUUCGACUACUCCCAGUCGCUCAAAACGACGACGUACGGUUCCUCUGUACCUGAGCAACAGAUCACUGCUUAUCUCUCCCGAAUCCAGCGGGGAGGUUACAUUCAGCCUUUCGGAUGCAUGAUCGCCGUCGAUGAAUCGAGCUUCGGAAUCAUCGGUUACAGCCAAAACGCUAGGGAAAUGUUAGGGCUUAUGCCUCAGUCUGUUCCUAGUCUUGAGAAACCUGAGAUUCUAGCCAUGGGGACUGAUGUGCGGUCUCUCUUCACUUCCUCCAGCUCGAUUCUACUCGAGCGUGCUUUCGUGGCUCGAGAGAUUACCUUGUUGAAUCCUGUUUGGAUCCAUUCCAAGUAUACUGGUAAACCGUUUUACGCCAUUCUUCAUAGGAUCGAUGUUGGUGUUGUUAUUGAUUUAGAGCCAGCUAGAACUGAAGAUCCAGCGCUUUCCAUUGCUGGUGCUGUACAGUCGCAGAAACUCGCCGUUCGUGCGAUUUCGCAGUUACAGGCUCUUCCCGGCGGAGAUAUUAAGCUUUUAUGCGACACUGUUGUGGAAAGUGUGAGGGACUUGACUGGUUAUGAUCGUGUUAUGGUCUAUAAGUUUCAUGAAGAUGAGCAUGGGGAAGUUGUGGCUGAGAGUAAGCGAGACGAUUUAGAGCCUUACAUUGGACUGCAUUAUCCAGCUACUGAUAUUCCUCAAGCGUCACGCUUCUUGUUUAAGCAGAACCGUGUCCGGAUGAUUGUAGAUUGCCAUGCCACGCCGGUUCUUGUUGUUCAGGACGAUAGGCUGACUCAGUCUAUGUGCUUGGUUGGUUCUACUCUUAGGGCUCCUCAUGGUUGUCAUUCUCAGUAUAUGGCUAACAUGGGGUCUAUUGCGUCUUUAGCUAUGGCGGUUAUAAUAAAUGGAAAUGAAGAAGAUGGGAGCAAUGUAGCUAGUGGGAGAAGCUCCAUGAGGCUUUGGGGUUUAGUGGUUUGCCAUCACACUUCUUCUCGCUGCAUACCGUUUCCGCUAAGGUAUGCUUGUGAGUUUCUGAUGCAGGCUUUCGGUUUACAGUUGAACAUGGAAUUGCAGCUAGCUUUGCAGAUGUCAGAGAAACGCGUUUUAAGAACGCAGACACUGUUAUGCGAUAUGCUUCUGCGUGACUCGCCUGCUGGAAUUGUUACACAGAGUCCUAGUAUCAUGGACUUAGUGAAAUGUGACGGUGCGGCAUUUCUUUACCACGGCAAGUAUUACCCGUUGGGUGUUGCUCCUAGUGAAGUUCAGAUAAAAUAUGUUGUGGAGUGGUUGCUAGCGAAUCACGCAGAUUCAACCGGAUUAAGCACUGAUAGUUUAGGCGAUGCGGGGUAUCCUGGUGCAGCUGCGUUAGGGGAUGCUGUGUGCGGUAUGGCAGUUGCAUAUAUCACAAAAAGAGACUUUCUUUUUUGGUUUCGAUCUCACACUGCGAAAGAAAUUAAAUGGGGAGGAGCUAAGCAUCAUCCGGAGGACAAAGAUGAUGGGCAACGAAUGCAUCCUCGUUCAUCCUUUAAGGCUUUUCUUGAAGUUGUUAAGAGCCGUAGUCAGCCAUGGGAAACUGCGGAAAUGGACGCGAUUCACUCGCUCCAGCUUAUUUUGAGAGACUCUUUUAAAGAAUCUGAGGCAGCUAUGAACUCUAAAACUGGGGAUGGUGUGGUUCAGCCAUAUAGGGAUAUGGCAGGAGAGCAAGGGAUUGAUGAGCUAGGUGCAGUUGCAAGAGAGAUGGUUAGGCUCAUUGAGACCGCAACUGUUCCUAUAUUCGCUGUUGAUGCCGGAGGCUGCAUCAAUGGAUGGAACGCCAAGAUUGCAGAAUUGACAGGUCUCUCAGUUGAAGAAGCCAUGGGGAAAUCUCUGGUUUCUGAUCUAAUAUACAAAGAGAAUGAAGAAACUGUCAAUAAGCUUCUUUCUCGUGCUUUGAGAGGGGACGAGGACAAGAAUGUGGAGGUUAAGCUGAAAACUUUCACCCCGGAACUUCAAGGCAAAGCAGUUUUUGUCGUUGUGAAUGCGUGUUCCAGCAAGGACUACUUGAACAACAUUGUAGGCGUCUGUUUUGUUGGACAAGACGUUACUGGUCAGAAAAUCGUAAUGGAUAAGUUCAUCAAUAUACAAGGAGAUUACAAGGCUAUUGUCCAUAGCCCAAACCCGUUAAUACCACCAAUUUUUGCUGCUGAUGAGAACACGUGCUGCCUGGAAUGGAACACGGCGAUGGAAAAGCUUACAGGCUGGUCUCGGAGUGAAGUGGUUGGGAAAAUGCUUGUUGGGGAAGUGUUUGGGAGCUGUUGCAAGCUAAAGGGUCCUGAUGCUUUAACAAAAUUCAUGAUUGUAUUGCAUAAUGCGAUUGGUGGCCAAGAGACGGAUAAGUUCCCUUUCCCAUUUUUUGACCGGGAUGGGAAGUUUGUUCAGGCACUAUUGACUGCAAACAAACGGGUUAGCCUCGAGGGAAAGGUUAUUGGGGCUUUCUGUUUCUUGCAGAUCCCAAGUCCUGAGCUACAGCAAGCUUUGGCAGUCCAACGGAGGCAGGACACAGAGUGUUUCGCGAAGGCGAAAGAGUUAGCUUAUAUUUGUCAGGUGAUAAAGAAUCCUUUGAGCGGUAUGCGUUUUGCAAACUCGCUGUUGGAGGCCACAGACUUGAACGAGGAUCAGAAGCAGUUCCUUGAAACAAGUGUUUCUUGUGAGAAACAGAUCUCAAGGAUUGUCGGUGACAUGGAUCUUGAAAGCAUUGAAGACGGUUCGUUUGAGCUUAAGAGAGCGGAGUUUUUCCUCGGAAGUGUCAUAAACGCGAUUGUAAGCCAAGCAAUGUUCUUAUUAAGGGACAGAGGUCUUCAGCUGAUACGUGACAUUCCCGAAGAGAUCAAAUCAAUAGCUGUUUAUGGAGACCAGAUAAGGAUUCAACAACUCCUGGCUGAGUUUCUGCUGAGUAUAAUCCGGUAUGCACCAUCUCAAGAGUGGGUGGAGAUCCAUUUAAGCCAGGUUUCAAAGCAAAUGGCUGAUGGAUUCACCGCUAUCCGCACAGAAUUCAGAAUGGCGUGUCCAGGUGAAGGUCUGCCUCCAGAGCUGGUCCGAGACAUGUUCCAUAGCAGCAGGUGGACAAGCCCUGAAGGUUUAGGUCUAAGUGUCUGUCGAAAGAUUCUAAAGCUAAUGAACGGUGAGGUUCAAUACAUCAGAGAAUCAGAACGCUCCUACUUCCUCAUCAUACUCGAACUCCCUGGUCCCCGAAAACGCCCACUGUCAACCGCUAGUGGUAGCGGCGACAUGAUGUUAAUGAUGCCAUAUUAGUCACAUUUUCAGUUGGUAUGAGAGUUUGUAUCAUUGUAUGUGUAUGUGUGUGUUUGUGUGUCUAACGACGUCGGAGGAGGGAUAGAAAGUUUUAGUUUCCGGUGAGAUUAGUAGAGAAGAAGGAGAUGGUUUGCGUUCAGCUCAGCUCGCCGGGGGAAAGAAAACAUAACAGUAGUUACAGAGAGAAAUGCAAGACUUCUUUUGUCUGUGUUGUGUAAAUUGAUAACUUCGAGAGAGAGAGAGAGAGAGAGAGAGAGAGAGAGAGGCAAAAGAAUGAGAAAAGAAGAGAGCAUAUUGAUAGAUGAGAUGACCAAUCAUAAAUCCUUUAAUUGUUUACUUGUUUACUUGUUUACUUCAGUUCCAAGCUUCUAAAGAAUAUUUAUUCGGACAGAUGAAUAUAUGAUUUUUUCACAGAA